AUGUCUGAUUCCUCUAUUGACCCUGAUCAAUUUACCCGAAUGGGUUCGAUCACUGAAACAUACUACCGAGAUGUUUAUCCAGCCAUUGAGCCGACCAGGCCGGAAUUCUCCCAGACCGGCAAAGUGACUAUUAUUACAGGUGCGGGCAAGGGGAUUGGCAGGGCAAUUGCACGGAGCCACGCCCAAUCCAAUGUCAAGGGACUAGUUCUCAUCACUCUAUCUGAGUCAUCUGCAGAGGAAACCAAAAAUAUUAUCGAAGCAGAGUUCCCCUCAGUCGAGAUCCUCACACUUCCUACCAAUAUUGCCGACGAGAAGGCCGUGGCACGCACUUUUGAGGCCAUCAAAGAUAAAUUCGGAACGGCCAACACCCUGGUUAACAAUGCUGGAGCUUUUGCACCGGGUGCCACCAUUUCUGAAUCCGACGGGGCCACAUGGUGGAGCGACUUUGAGAUCAAUGUGCAUGGCACAUACAAUGUUACAGCGGCAUUCUUGCGUUUGAUUGCUCAGACGCCUGAGGUUAAGCCCACAGUGGUCAACCUGAUCAGCACAAUUGCGUUGACGCCCCCGUCGCUGAGCAGCUACUUUAUCAGCAAGCUGAGCGUGGCUAAGAUGACAGAGUUUGUCAGCGCCGAGAACCCCAAUGUUACAGCGUAUAGUCUGUCGCCCGGGAUUGUCCUGACAGGUAUGACGUUAGAUUCGUUCAAACCAUUUGCUAAAGACACCGCGGAAUUGACGGGAGCUGCGACGGUAUACCUGGCCGCAAAGCGUCCCGAGUAUCUCAAUGGCCGCCACCUAUCUGCUAACUGGGAUUUGGGAGAGUUGGAAUCUCGCCAGGCAGAAUUUUCUUCAUCGGACAAGUUGAAGGUCGGACAGUUUAUUUGA